AACAAUUAUAUGUUACAAAUAACUAAGAAUUUAAUCAAACACAGCCAAAUAUUUAAAAUUAGUAAAAUGCCUCCAAAAAUAAGUAUUUUUUGUACUUUAAAUAAAAAAGUGUUAGAUUCUUUUUCAUAAGAUGAUUGUUAGAAGGAGAAUACGAAUAAAAGUUAGAAUAAAACAAAAGAAGUUAAAUAGGAAAAAGAAAAAAAUAAGAAUACAAAAAUUUUGAAAUAAUAAACUCUUAAAUUAGUUGAUAAGAAAGGAUAGAUAGUAGAUUUAAGUUAAAAGAAGUUAGAUUUAGGAGAUGGAAUAUUUUCAUAGGAUAAAUUAAAAAUAUCUAGUUGGAACAUUAAUGGACUUAGAGCCUCGACUAAAAAAGAAAGUGCAGUUUAAUAUUUAAAUGAUAAAAAAGUAUAAUGAAUUUGUUAAAAUGAUUAGUUUGAUAUAAUUUGUUUAAAUGAAUUAAAGGUUGCUUAGGAAGCAUUUGAAAAGGAGAAUUUAAUAACAAAAUUGCCAAAAGAUUAUUUUGCUUAUUUAAAUUUUUGUAAAAUAAAGGCAGGAUAUAGUGGUGUUGCUAUUUUAUCAAAGUAUUAAUAUAAUAAAAUAAAAAGAGUAAAACCAAUAUCAGUAAAAUAUGAUAUGGGAAUUUAGAAACAUGAUUAAGAAGGAAGGAUUAUAACAGCUGAAUUUGAAAAAUUCAAUUUAGUUGCAUGUUAUGUUCCAAAUUCUGGGGAUAAAUUAGAUAGAUUGAAUUAUAGAACAUAAGAAUGGGAUAUCGAUUUUUAAAACUAUCUUGAUUAAUUAAAAUAGAAAAAGAAAACAAUUGUAUGUGGUGAUUUAAAUGUAUCUCAUGAAGAAAUAGAUUUAGCUAAUCCUGCUGGGAAUAAAAGAAGUGCAGGGUAAUUGAUAUAUUUAUAAUAAAGAUUUACUUAAGAAGAAAGGGAUUAAUUUACAAAAUUUCUCUCUAAAGGAUGGAUUGAUACAUUUAGAUAUUUACACCCAAAAGAGAUUAAAUAUAGUUAUUUUAGUCCAAGAUUUAAUUCAAGGUUAGAUAUUAGCUUAUAAUAAAAAGGGAAACAAAUAAGGGAUGGAGAAUAGAUUAUUUUGUUAUUAAUAAGGAAGCGAUUGACUCUGUUCUGCAAUCUGAUAUUAUUACUACUAUUGAAGGUAGUGAUCAUGUUCCCAUUGAAUGUGAUAUAGAUCUUACUAAAUUAUGA